AUGGCUUCACCACCUGGUGCACUAAGAAGAAAUGGAGAGCAACACCAAACUAAAACCUACCUACCCAGCUGGGACGUACCGCAUCGGUGGAACGACAAAACUAAGAAGCACGAGAAGUUUGGUUGCUAA